CGCCGGAGCGCGGAGUCGCGACCAAUCACGGAGCCCGGAGUCUGCUGCGAAUCACGGCCUUCGUCCUUCGGAGUUCAAGUGGAUCCGCAUACGCUGGCGCCGAAUUUACGUCGGGGUUGGAAUGGGUCCCAUGUCGAGCUAUACGACAGCUUUCGGGUGCUAAUCGCCAAAUAACUGUCCUGAUGUUACUAAAUGUCUGUGAUGAGCUGACUAGGCAAUGGUGGCUGGCUCCCUUUUAUAAAUAAUUGACAAUCCCCGAUCAACAAUCCCCAAUCUACAAUCCCCAAUCUACAGUCCCCAAUCAACAAUCCCCAAUCAACAAUCCCCGAUCAACAAAGCCAUAUUUCCUUCUCAAACUCAUCGCAGAUAUAUCGAUAAACAACAGCCCCCCCUUUCAUUCACAUCGCAGAUAUAUCGAUAAAUAACAACCCCCCCUUUCAUUCACACAGCUAAAAGUUUGUCUUUCUCGGCCAUAGUUCUCUGUCACCAUGGCUCCCCCCAUCAAGGUUGGCAUCGUUGGGCUCACUGGUCGGUCUGGCGUCUUUGAGCCUGGCCAGUGGGCAGUCAACGCCCACCUCCCGCCCCUCGUCGCCUCUCCGUCGUACGAGAUCGUUGCACUCGCCAACUCGUCCGUCGAGUCGGCUCGCAAGUCCAUUGCCUUCCACAAGCUGCCUCCCACGACGGCAGCGUAUGGCAGCGGCGAAGAUCUGGCCAAAGACCCAAACGUCGACUUGGUCGUCGUGAGCAUCCGCGCGCAGAAGCAUUUCAGCCCCGCCAAGGCAGCCAUUGAGCAUGGAAAGGACGUCUUUGUCGAGUGGCCCGUCGGUUGCAGCCUCGCCGAGACCGAAGAGCUGGCCAGGCUGGCCGAGCAGGCCGGCGUUGAGACGGCUGUCGGUCUGCAGGCGCGGUCGGGCAAGGUUGUCGCUGCCGUCAAGAAGAUCCUGGCCGACGGCACCAUCGGCAAGGUCGUCAGCUCCCACGCGCUGGGGAAUGCCAGCUUGGUCCCCGUCGACACGUGGUGGGCGGGCAUGGAAUACUACCUGGACAUGAGCAGCGGAGCAAACGAGUUCCACAUCUACUUUGGCCAUUUCCUCGACUCGUUCAUCGACAUCCUCGGCGACUUUGACACGCUCCAGUCGACCCUCACGACGCAGUGGCCCACCGUCCCCAUCGUCGAUAAAGCCGGCAAGAUAGUAAACCCCGCCUACCCAAGGACCGUGCCGGACCACACCAUGGUGCAGGGCCGGCUAGCCAGUGGGGCCGCAGCCUCGCUCAGCUUCCGACACACCAAGUCGUCAGGCGACGGCACGGGCAUCCGGUGGAUCAUCGCGGGCACUGAGGGCGAGAUAGCCGUGACGCUCCCCGAGUCGCUGGCCGACAUCUCGGCGCAGUGGCAGACGUCGUACCCGCGCGCCAAGGUCCACGUCCGGGUCGGCCGGGACGAGCCCGUCGAGGUCGACCUCGACGCCGGCUUCGCCGCCCACGACCCAGCCGUCCUGGCCCUCGACCACACACCCCUGAACACGGGUCUGGUCUACGACGCGUUCGCGCACAGCGACAGGAGCCGCUACGCCGACUUUGCCAGCGCGCUCAGGACGCGCCGUCUGCUGGAGCGCAUCGCCAAGGCCGGGGGUUAUCCGUGAAGAAUUGGAUCGGAGUGAUGUUGAGUUGUUGAUGUGGUUUUGGCCAGUGGAUAUCAGCUGAAUGCAAGACAUGAAGCUCCUUGGUUUUUGUGGUUGGUGUUAUCCUGGGUCUUGAACCAAACUCUCUUCCCCUGAGCCUACUUUGACGGUUAUACGUGUCCCUUAUUGAGUGAAAACAGAGACAAAGGCGGACCAGAUCUUGGAAAGGCUGACAUCUUUCUUGCCCUUGGAAUUUGUCAAAAUGGUGCCC